UCCUCGUGACUUAAUCACUCACUACCCAUUUCGCUUUCUCUCUUCUUUUUCUUUCUUUCUUUCUUUCUCUUCUUUCCGUUUCUUCCUUCACAGUUUCUACCAUUGAAAAUGGUGAAAGAAACAGAGUAUUAUGAUAUCCUUGGAGUUUCUCCUUCUGCUUCCGAUGAUCAAAUUCGCAAAGCUUAUUAUCAUAAGGCAAAACAAGUUCAUCCUGAUAGAAAUCAAAACGAUCCCAAUGCUGCACACAAAUUCCAGAUUUUGGGAGAAGCAUACCAGGUUUUGAGUGAUCCAGUACAAAGGACUGGAUAUGAUCAAAAUGGCAAGCAUUCUGUAUCUAGAGAAACUAUGCUUGAUCCAAUGGCUGUCUUUGCCUUGCUCUUUGGAAGUGAAUUGUUUGAGGACUACGUUGGGCAUCUAGCUGUUGCAUCGAUGGCUUCUUCUGAACUAGGUGAUGAAAGUGAGGAUUUGCAGGAGAAGUUAAAGGAAGUCCAAAAAGGAAGGGAAGAAAAGCUAGCAAGAUUUCUGAAGGAUUUUCUCAGCCAAUAUGUUCGCGGUGACCAAAAGGGUUUCUACCAGCGCGCAGAAUCUGAAGCAAGACGGCUUUCUCAUGCAGCCUUUGGAGUUGACAUGUUACAUACCAUCGGCUAUAUAUACUCAAGACAAGCAGCACAAGAACUAGGGAAAAAGGCCCUUUAUCUUGGAGUUCCAUUUCUGGCCGAAUGGGUUCGUAAUAAAGGACAUUUUUGGAAAUCACAGUUAACAGCUGCUAAAGGUGCUUUUCAGUUGCUCCAACUUCAAGAAGAACUCAGCAAGCAAUUUAAAACAAGUGGUAGUUGCCCUGAAAAUGUUGACUCCCAUAUUCGUCUUAAUAAAGACACUUUGUUGAAUUCUUUGUGGAAGUUGAAUGUAGUGGACAUAGAAGUAACCCUUGCACACGUGUGUCAAAUGGUGCUAAAGGAAAACAAUGUUAGGAGAGAGGAACUUAAAGUCCGAGCUACCGCUCUUAAAAUUCUUGGAAAGAUAUUUCAGGAAAAGAAUGCAAAAGGAGAAACACUGAAGAAGAAACUCGCUGUUGAUUCUGAUGACGAAGGAAGCAGCUCUGAUUCAUCAGACGAUGAAUCAUCACACAGAGCACUAACCUAUCGAACUCCCUUUUUCAAUCAGGGUAUCGGUAGGCUCUUCAAAUGCCUUUGUAAUCCCGCAUUUGAUGUGGACGAUGAAGAGGAGAUAGUUUACAAAGGCAAAUGAUCCAUAUACACAUAUGGAAUAUGAAACCAAAAUUCAGCCCCUGUCAAUAUUUCGUUGGAUGAUAUACAGAAAGAAAACGUAUCAUUCCCUCUGAACGUAGUUUUGUGAAGACAAUGGUGCAAAUCAUUGAUAUUUUGUUGUUUGUUGUAAUUACACUGUCAUCAAAUUACACGGGCAUACAUAACAUUCGAUCAAAUGUUAAUUUCAGUCAAUUCCGCAUCUCUUUUGUUCACGUAUUUCCUUAGCUUUUGUUUGUUACCUAUUGAAGAUGCACAGCAACUUCUGUUUGGGAUGAGAUUGGAAAUUCAUGACGAACUAUGUGAUUGAUAUUGUGAAAA